AUGAGGCGCCCCUCGUCUCCUGGGCCGCACAAAUCGACCGCCUCUGUGGAGGCGACACCUCUGCUCGCACCCCAGAGCGAGGGUUUGGCGUCUUACACAAGCCUGCGUGACCAGCCAAAACCCAAACCGGUCACUUGGGCAUCGCUUCCCAAGAAAGGACAGUUGGCUGUCAUUGUCCUGGCCCGCCUUGCCGAGCCCCUGAGCGAGAGGUCGCUGACAUCGUACCUCUUCUAUCAGCUGAAGUGGUUCAACCCGGACCUGCCUGCCUCUGAGAUUGCCAAACAGUAUGGAUUGCUCACGGCCACCUUUGCCGCUGCCCAGUGCAUCACUUCCAUGUGGUGGGGAUUCGCCGCCGACAGCCCGCUCCUCGGCCGCAAGCGUGUCUUGCUGAUCGGUCUGUUUGGAUCUGCCAUAUCCGCCCUGGGGAUGGGUUUCUCGAGGUCUCUUUCCCUUGCUUUCUUCUUCCGAUUCCUCGUCGGUGCCCUCAAUGGAAACAUUGUUGUUCUUAGGACCAUGGUCUCCGAAGUCGUUGUUGAGCGGCGGUUUCAAUCGAGGGCGUUUUUGCUCCUCCCCAUGUGCUUCAAUGUAGGCGUCAUCAUCGGUCCGCUACUCAGCGGCUUCCUGGCUGAUCCUAUACACUCGAUGUCCAACAUCUUCGGACCGGGAUCCUUCGUUGGGGGUGCUGACGGCGUGCAAUGGAUGGCCAAGUUCCCGUAUGCUCUGCCCAAUAUAGCCUCGGCUAUUUUCCUGGUCAUGUCAGCCAUGUUGAUCAUUCUCGGCCUCGACGAGACGCACCCCGAGCUGCGGCACCAGCCAGACCCCGGCCGUCAACUCGGGAGGGCGAUUGUGCGCCUGUUUAAGGGGUCUUCAGAGCCUGAUGUCGCUUACGAGGCCAUUCCUCGUGACGACCCGGCUACCCCCCGUGACUCGCACCUCAUUGGCGACGAAGAAGACGCCCGGGCGGCCGAGCCGGAAGCCAAGCCCAGCACUCCCUUCCGGGCCAUCUUUACUCUCAACGUCUGCCUGAGCCUAUUUCAGCGCUUUCUCCUGGCGAUGCACGUCUCAGCGUUCAGCACCAUCUUUUUCACCCUGCUUCCGACUCCCAAGGAGGACAGCCGCAGUUUCGACUUGCCUUUUCGCUUCAGCGGCGGCCUGGGAUUGUCGAGCAAGAGUAUCGGCUUGGCAAACACCACGAUCGGCAUGAUCGGCAUCCCCCUGCAAGUGUUGCUCUACCCGCUCCUCAGCGGACGUCUUGGAGCCAGGAAGUCAUACCUGGUCUUUCUGCCCCUCAGUAUCGUCGCGUACUGUCUGCUGCCUUACCUGGUUCUGCUGCCGGCCGACAACACGGCCCUCGUCUGGACGAGUCUCUCGGCAGUACUCGUCCUGCUCGUCACCUCGCGGACUUUUGUCACCCCGGCGACCAUGAUGUUGGUCAAUGAUUGCGCGCCGAGCCCGACACUCCUGGGCACAGUGCACGGUCUGUCCUCGAGCAUCGCCAGCUCUGCCCGCAUCAUGGGCCCGACAGUCGGGGGCGCGAUGCUCGGCUGGGGCCUUGGCCACAACUUCGUCGCACUUCCGCUGUGGAUCUUGAGCAUCGUGGCCGUAGCCAACUGGGCCGUGCUUCUGUGGAUCAAGGACCUGGACAUGGACGAGUAG